AUGGCACCGAAGCUGAGGCAGGCAGCCCGCCGCGGCAUGGCUAAGGCGAAAUCUGCUACCCUCAGCGAAUCAAGCGCCACUGCUUCACAAAACAUGGCUAAGAGGGUGCGCCAGAACGACGGAUCGACCACUGCAAAGGAGGCGCGCGUGGCUGAGCAGCCGCCCUUGCGCGUCCCAGUUCACGCUCUAAGCGGCAGACUCCUUUGCAUGCUGGAAGUGUCUCCAGGGGACACCGCGCUGCUCUUCACCAGGGCGGGCCACUAUCUGAAGGCUUCUUCCACCAUCGUGGCCGCAGGUCUACGCGACGAGGCUGUCGUGACGGCCAGAGUUGCGCUCCCACGGCUCUUCGCCAUUGCCUCCGAAGAUGGCGGCGCUUUUGCCGCUCUCAAGGGCGACGGCUCUGUUCUCUGCUGGGGAGACCGCCGCGUGGGCGGGGAUUGUAGCGCUGUGCAGCAGCAGCUCGUGGACGUCGUCGACAUCUCCGCCGCCGCUGGCCAAUUUGGCGAGGGUGCCGGCGCCUUUGCCGCUCUCAAGAGCGAUGGAACUGUCCUCUGCUGGGGAGAUCGCGGCACAGGCGGGGAUUGUAGCGCUGUGCAGCAGGACCUCAAGGACGUGGUCGAGAUCUCCUCCGCCACCAUUGGCGCUUUUGCCGCCCGCGCGAGGCAUGGCAGCGUGGUGUGCUGGGGUGAAAAGUUGUGGGGCGGCGAUUGCAGCACGGUCCAGCAGCAGCUGGUGGACGUCGAGAAGAUUUAUGCCACCCCCCAUGGUGCAUUCGCCGCAGUCAAGAAGGAUCGCACCGUGGUAUGCUGGGGCAGCAUCCGCGGCAAUAUGACGCGGCAGCAGUUGCUGAACGCCGCGGAGAAGAUAUGCGCCAACCUCAGUAGCUUUGCUGCAGUCACGGAAGAUGGUCGCGUCGCAUGCUGGGGCGACGAGGGGUGGGGCGGCGAUUGCAGCGAGGUGCAAGAGCAGCUGGUGGAAGUUGAGGAGAUUUAUGCCGCUUAUUUUGCGUUCGCCGCGUUCAAGAAAGACGGUGCCGUGCAGCAGCUGGUUGACGUCGAGAAGAUUUAUGCCAACACAGAUGCGUUCGCCGCGCUCAAGAAAGACGGUACCAAGCAGCUGGUUGAUGUCGAGACGAUCUACGCCACAGAACGUGCAUUCGCGGCAGUCAAGAAGGACCGCACCGUGGUAUGUUGGGGCAGUGAAAGGGACGGCGGGGAUUGUAGCGCGGUCCAGCAGCAGCGGGUAGAUGUCGAGACGAUCCACGCCACGCGCGCAGCCUUUGCCGCUGUCCUGAGGAAUGGCAGCGUUGUAUGCUGGGGCGAUGCCAGAUUCGGCGGCGAUUGCAGCACGGUUCAGCAGCUAGAGAAGGUGGCCGUGAUUGAAGCCGCGAUGACAUGCUUCUUCGUUACCAAGGCGGACGGCAGCGGCGCUCGAGAGUGGCAUCUCCUAGACGACGUAUGUGGGACAGAGUUCAGCCUGGACGGAUGCGGCGCCAAAGCGCAAGCGCUGUUCAGCCGCGUGCGGGAGAGUAGACCUCUAGAUCCUGACAGCCAGCCGUAG